ACAGCUGAACACGGGUUUGUUUAUUUGUGACACACAGAGAACAGCUGUUCUGUCUGCUAGUAGCCUCCCACAGCCAGUUUUUAUUCUCAGUGCUAAUGAAAGCCUCCUUGUAUUGCUUCAUUUGACUUCGGCUCAUAUCGCAGGUGGAAUUAAAGCGACGCCAUGGAGCCGGCCUGCCGCAAGGACAAACCAAAGCUGAACUCGACUCCGACCAGAGGAGACAGAGCCAAGCAGAAGUCUGCACAGCAGGAGGCCAAACAGCGACAGAGAGCAGAGAUAUAUGCAUUGAACAAGGUGAUGACAGAGUUGGAGCAGCAGCAGUUUGAGACCUUUUGCAAACAGAUGCAGUCGCAAGGAGAAUAACAGCAGUAGCUCCGCUUCCGCCUUCCACGUGGAUCCGUUUCUGUUAUUCUACCCAAAUUGAACUUUGCAUCAAAAUGAUGAUUGAAUAACCUAAAUAACAGAUUAAAAAUAAUAAAUAUCUUUGUUUUUGGACUCGUAUGUCUAUGUAUACAAUAAUUUAGCAGCAAGAAGAGGCAUUGAAUGGAAAAUGUUGGUUAUUUGAUUAACAUAGUUUUGCAUUAAAAUGGGAUUAAUUACAGACUCUUCAAUGAACGCGAUUAAUCCCACCACUGCUUAAAACAAAUGACAUGCUGCUUUAGAGCAGUUGAUAUGUUUCCGAUCAAUACAUUUUUUUUGUUGUAUUUUUACAUUUGUUUUAUUAACUUAAAACAUAAACUGAGUUAGGCCUUUUAAAGCAUUUAACUGGGUCAACAUUUGAAGUUCCUGGAAGUCGAAGAGAACAGUGGAACGGUCUCCUUCCUGUAGUUUGAAGCGAUUCUCCCAGGUUGAGUUAACUCUAUCAGAAGUUUCAACAGUAAAAGAAAUGUAAUUUUCUGAUUCAUUUUGUUAUCACAGAACAUUUUGCUCCAAUGUUUCUGACUGUAUUAAAGCCUGUCGAUGCAAACGUGCCGGGUAAAACCACCUAGUAUUUUUUGCAGAAUAUACAUUUUCUUUUAAAUAGUUAUCAAAUUAUUUAAGAUCAGGUUAAUAAUUUGAUGCAACAUUACUUAAAGCAGAAAGACCUUUACCUCUCAGAGCUUCUACUUUUGAUCAGCUUAUUUUGUUUAGAGUAUUAACUACUGUCUGCAAACCUCUAACAGCCAAAGGCUGUAAAACCUUAAAAAAUGUUUCAAAAAGGUUUUCACUAUUUGAUUGGCAUGUGUUGUUACAAACUUUGUACUAUAAAGAUUAAUAGUUGCUGUUGUA